CCCCGCCUGCCCGGGGGCCGGUGUGCCCCCGCCCCAGCAUGUGAGCCCCUUUGCUUGGGAUGCUGUGGCUAGGCUUCCGCCCCUUCCCUGCCAUGGAGAACCAGGUGCUGGUGAUUCGCAUCAAGAUCCCAAAUAGCGGCGCGGUGGACUGGACUGUGCACUCGGGGCCGCAGUUACUCUUCAGGGACGUGCUGGACGUGAUAGGCCAGGUCCUGCCUGAAGCAACGACGACUGCCUUUGAAUAUGAAGAUGAAGACGGUGACCGGAUUACAGUGAGGAGUGACGAGGAAAUGAAGGCCAUGCUGUCAUACUAUUAUUCCACAGUAAUGGAACAGCAAGUAAAUGGACAGAUAAUAGAGCCUCUGCAGAUAUUUCCAAGAGCCUGCAAGCCUCCUGGGGAACGGAACAUACAUGGCCUGAAGGUGAAUACCCGGGCCGGACCCUCCCAGCAUGGCAGCCCAGCCAUCUCAGAUUCACUCCCAAGCAAUAGCCUGAAGAAAUCUUCUGCUGAAUUGAAGAAAAUAUUAGCCAAUGGCCAGAUGAAUGAACAAGACAUCCGGUAUCGAGACACCCUUGGCCAUGGCAAUGGAGGCACAGUGUACAAAGCAUAUCAUGUCCCGAGUGGGAAAAUAUUAGCUGUCAAGGUCAUACUGCUAGAUAUUACACUGGAACUUCAGAAGCAAAUUAUGUCUGAAUUGGAAAUUCUUUAUAAGUGUGAUUCAUCAUAUAUCAUAGGAUUUUAUGGGGCAUUUUUUGUAGAAAACAGGAUUUCAAUAUGUACAGAAUUCAUGGAUGGGGGAUCGUUGGAUGUAUAUAGGAAGAUUCCAGAACAUGUCCUUGGAAGAAUUGCAGUAGCAGUUGUUAAAGGCCUUACCUAUUUAUGGAGCUUAAAGAUCUUACACAGAGAUGUGAAGCCCUCCAACAUGCUCGUGAACACGCGAGGACAAGUCAAGCUGUGUGACUUUGGAGUCAGCACCCAGCUGGUGAAUUCUAUAGCCAAGACGUAUGUUGGAACAAAUGCUUAUAUGGCGCCUGAAAGAAUUUCUGGGGAGCAGUAUGGAAUCCAUUCCGAUGUCUGGAGCUUGGGGGUCUCAUUUAUGGAGCUUGCUCUUGGGAGGUUUCCAUAUCCUCAGAUUCAGAAAAACCAGGGAUCUUUAAUGCCUCUCCAGCUUCUGCAGUGCAUUGUUGAUGAGGAUUCGCCUGUCCUUCCGGUUGGAGAGUUCUCGGAGCCAUUUGUACAUUUCAUCACUCAGUGCAUGCGGAAACAGCCAAAAGAAAGGCCCGCCCCUGAAGAACUGAUGGGCCACCCGUUCAUCGUGCAGUUCAACGAUGGGAACGCUGCUGUGGUGUCCAUGUGGGUGUGCCGGGCAUUGGAGGAGAGACGGGGCCCUCAGGGGCCCCCGUGAGGCCAGGGCUGAAGCCUAGACCAGUCACCAUGGGGAGCAGCUGCCACGACCUCCUGUGCCACCCGCGCUAGAAGAGCCGCACCUACCGGCCUCCCUGCCCCACUGCGCCUGCUGACGGCCUUGCCUGGAGCCCUCAGCGUGGCCACCUGCCAGGGACCCCCAGCCCCUCCAGCUGGAGCCACUGACUCUGGGUCGGCAGUGGGUGGCGAGAACACAGGCCCAGGACCCGCAACCCCCACCCCCUUCUGUAAAGAAAGGUCAAGCCCUUCAGUGUCACUGAUGGGAAUAAAAGUGUUACUGCUUCGC